AUGCGUGGAGAGACCGAUGUACACUUCUCUCUGGCGACUAAAGAAGAAUUCUGGGACGAUGGUCCGAUAUAUAUCUAUGAAGCUUUUGCUCAACAUUCCUACAAGACUUUAGAGACGUGUAACAAUACGUGUGUUGAAGAUAAUCAUUUGUGUAAAGCUAAAAUUACAAGUGAUUUCAAUAGACUACUAGCAAAAGAUUUGAUUGUACCGAAACCGUUCCUUGCCAGAGGGCAGUAUAUUUUUGAUUGGGAGAAAAAAUAUUUGAGUUAUCCACCUUUGAACGAUACAAAAACGCUGCCAGAUUUGAAGUUGUCUAACGUGACAGUUGAAAACACAAGACAAGGUGUGGUCAGGUGUAAGAUACUUGAAACUAUACACGGUCGUCUGGAUGUCGUGGAUGGGUACGGGCGUCAGAGAACCAAGGGAGACGAUGUGGUCAGGGUGUGGAUGAAGGGCAGUAAUUCAACUGGAUAUGCUGUAGUGGGUGAUGUCUUGGAUCUAAAAAAUGGCAGCUAUGUUUUCAAUGUCAAAUGUCUCUGGACUGGAGAAUCUUCGCUUCACGUGGCCAUCGCCUACCCGCGUGAAUUCAUCAGGACUGUUAUCCACCAGGUUCACAUUGGGGCAACAAGAUUCAUGACCGCCAGAUUUAAAAAGAGAAACCGCGUGGAGGGCUUUCCCAUUUCUAUAAUUAAAAUUUUUGUGAACAGUUUAUCAUGCGACGAUUGGAUAGAAGGUGGAUACUUAGAUGUAUCCCCGCCCCAUGACGUUACAGGCGCUGAAAGAAGUCUGAUUAAGUCUAUUUGCACUUAA